UUAAUUAACAAUGGCAGAGGGCACCCCAACAACGAAGACGGUGAGCUUGAAGCUUCUGAUCAGCAAAAGUUCCCAGAAGGUGGUUUACGCGGAAGCGGAUAAACCGUUCGUGGACUUCUUGUUCCACCUCAUGUCCUUCCCCUUGGGCGCAAUGAUCAAACUGGUCAGCUCCUCCAUGGUUGGGUCCCUGGGAAACCUGUACGCCAGUAUCCAGAACCUCAACGAGACCUACCUUCAACCCCACGUCGACAAAGACGUCCUCUUGAACCCCAAACCCCUAAUCCCCUCUUCGUCCCGUAACAACGUUCCGCUCCUCUUGGCAGAUGAUGAUGAUGCCGACGAUGAGACGGUGUCGUUCUACCUGUGUAACAACUGCUACAACAACUUCUCCGACACCAAGAAAGCGACUUGUCCCCUCUGUAGGCGUUCCGUGGACAAAAAGAUAAGUUAUGUCACUCCCGCCAAUCCCACCGCGGCGCAAUCUGCCGCAGCCGGUCGUGAUAUGAACGGCGCAGGCGGGUUCGUGAGGGGGCUUGCUACCUACAUGGUUUUGGACGACUUGAAGGUCAUUCCGCAGUCUACCAUUUCUGCCAUCACCAUACUCAGCGAGAACGGUGUUAAGGAUUUUGGUUCCCUUGAGGUCAAGAUCGUCCAUUUGGGUUUUCAAGAGGGACUGGAGGUGUUGAAAGCUUCCCUGCACACAAAAUCUGUACUCACAACUGUGUUUCUCGGCAAAAAGUCAACAACUUGAUUGACUGGUUCCACUUGCUUUAUUCAACCGCUGAUGCUUCAAUCUUGUGUCUUUUACUCCUAAGUUUUCUUGAUGGAUGGGUCUGUGGAUCCUUAAUUAUCUAAAUAAAUUUCUUAGGUUAAAGUUCGAACUUGCUUGCUGGUUUAAUUAGUAAUUCCAUAAAUAAAUGUGCCCCAUGCACUGUGGUUUGUUUCAUGCCUUCAUUUUAUGCUGCAUGUAUUCAUUGGAAUCUUAUUUAUAUGGUCUACAACGUAAUGAUUUUAUUUAAAUAAAUUAAUUAUUA